GGAUCAGCACCCCCAACUGUUGUGUAUUCCUUCCUGUGUGUACCCACCAGCCCCCUCCUCCCGUCGCCCCCUCCCCUCUCUCCGAAGAUGGCCCGCACCAAGCAGACUGCCCGCAAGACCACCGGUGGUAAGGCCCCGCGCAAGCACCUUGCCACCAAGGCCGCCCGCAAGUCCGUCCCCCCCACCUCCGGUGUCAAGAAGCCCCACCGCUACCGCCCCGGUACCGUCGCUCUGCGUGAGAUUCGCCGCUACCAGAAGUCCACCGAGCUGCUCAUCCGCAAGCUCCCCUUCCAGCGCCUGGUCCGUGAGAUCGCCCAGGACAUCAAGACCGACCUGCGCUUCCAGUCCUCCGCCAUCGGUGCCCUCCAGGAGGCCACCGAGGCCUACCUGGUCUCCCUCUUCGAGGACACCAACCUCUGCGCCAUCCACGCCAAGCGUGUGACCAUCAUGCCCAAGGAUAUCCAGCUGGCCCGCCGCAUCCGUGGUGAGCGCAUCAACUAAAUGCCUCACACACGCCCAAUGUGCUCGGGUGUCCCGCUCUCCGCCUGAGCGGGGGGCCAUAUGUGUAUGCCCGCGAGCGCACGCACAUAUUCCCCCCUCUCUCGUCCGAGAGGGCCGCUUCCUCUCCUCCCUCCCCCACCCAAAGAGCAAGGCAGAGUGACACCCCCCCUGCGUGCCAUGUAGCCGCCUGCUAGCACACCCCCCCGCGUCGGGGGUCGUGCUUCCGGAAAUAGCACAUGCACCACCGCGUCUCUCUUCUCUCUUUUCCCCCAACCCCCCCCGGUGUUUUUUUAACACCACACAGUUUAAUAAUUGAAAGUCUCUCCC